UGUAAUAGUUGAAUUAUAUAAUACUAACUAAGCAUUUGAAGAUGAUUUCCUCUAGUGCCUGGGUUCCUAGAGGCUUUGCUUCUGAGUUUCCCGAAAAGUAUGAAUUAGAUGAUGAAGAAAUGGAAAGAAUUACUGCCAUGGCUAAUUUAGAAUUAAAUGAUGCUAAAGCCGAUUUAGAAGAAGCACAAGCUGAAGAAUCUAAAGGAAAUUUAAAGGAACAAAUUGAAAUUGAUGAUGAUUUAAAAGAAUAUGAUUUAGAAAAUUAUGAUAAUGAUGGAGAAGAAAGUGAUGGAGAAGAUUUAACUAUUUUCCCAGGUUUAUCAAAUGAUGUUAAAUAUCAUACUGAUGAAGAUGGUAAUGAUCCAUAUUUAACUUUACCUAAUGAAAAUGAAUUACAAGAAGAUAAAAAGGAAUCUCAAAUAUAUCCAACUGAUAAUUUAGUAUUGGCAACUAGAACUGAUGAUGAUAUUUCUUAUUUAGAUGUUUAUAUUUAUGAUGAUGGAGCUGGAGCUCCAAAUGGUGCUGAAGAAGAAGAAGAAGAUAAACUUGAUGCUGAUGUUGCUAAAGGUUUAGUAAGAGAAGCUAAUUUAUAUGUUCAUCAUGAUAUUAUGUUACCAGCUUUCCCAUUAUGUGUGGAAUGGAUAAAUUAUAAGCCUGGUCAAAAUAUUCCAGAAAGUGAAAGUAAUGUAGGAAAUUUUGCUGCUGUUGGAACUUUUGAUCCUCAAAUUGAAAUCUGGAAUUUAGAUUAUAUAGAUAAAGCAUUCCCAGAUUUAAUUUUAGGUGAACCUGCUGAUAAUAGUGGAUUACCAAUUAAAAAAUCUAAAAAGAAAUCUAAAAAGUCAAAACAUGUAACUACUCAUCAUACUGAUGCUAUUUUAUCAUUAGCUCAUAAUAGAAUUCAUAGAUCUGUAUUAGCUUCAUCAUCUGCUGAUCAUACUGUUAAAUUAUGGGAUUUAAGUAAUGGUACUGCUGUUAGAUCCUUAAAUACUAUUCAUGCCAAUAAAACAGUUUCAUCAACUCAAUGGCAUUCUCAAGAAGCUUCUAUUUUAUUAACUGGUGGUUAUGAUUCAACUGCUGCUAUUUCUGAUGUAAGAAUUUCUGAAGUAUCACAAAUGUCAAAGAAUUAUAAAGUAGGUUCUGGUGAAGAAGUUGAAAAUGUUUCAUGGGGUCAUCAUUCAACUCCAGAAAUCUUUUAUGCUGGUACUGAUAAUGGUAAUGUCUAUUGUUUUGAUAUCAGAGUUGUUGAUAAGCCAUUAUGGACUUUACAUGCUCAUGAUGCUGGUAUUUCAUCAUUAACUGCCAAUAGUCAUAUUCCUGGAUUAUUAAGUACAAGUGCUAUGGGAGAAAAAGUUGUUAAACUUUGGAAAUGUCCAACAGAAAAUAAAGGUGGUCCAACUAUGGUAUUAUCUCGUGACUUUGGUAUAGGUAAUGUUUUAACAUCUUCAUUUGCUGGAGAUAUUGAAGUUGGUGGACAUUUAACAAUUGGUGGAGUUAGUGGUGCAUUAAAAAUGUGGGAUACAUUCUCUAAUGCUUCAGUUAGAAAUUCAUUCCGAGAAGAAUUAAAACAAUUACAAAUAUCAGCUAGAAAUGAAGCUAAACAAGCUGGUCGUGCAUCUAGAAUUGCAAGAAAAUAUCAAGGUAGUAGUUCAGAAGAUGUUAUGACUGUUGAAGCAGGAGCUUUAGAUGAUGAAUCUGAUUCUGAUGCCGAUGAAAAUGACAUGGAAGAAUAAAUUUUUUCUUAGUCUACAUGUAUAUUAGUAACAAACUCUUGUAUAUUUAUAUUUAU